GCCUUACCCUCGCACAGAAGCCAAACCUCAAUCCCACAAACAAACCGCACAGACGUUUCAACCGAAGGCGGAGAAGACGAUGACUUCGAAUGGGGACCCCAACAUCCAUGCUUCCCACACCAGAAUCCACACUGCGCACCUUCCUCUGAAGAAUUCAUCUCCACCCGCAUAAUCCGCGUAAAGCGAGACUACUUGAUCGCAGGAGACUUGUAUCCACAAUACGCGAACCUAUACCCAGAAAUACUACACCCAUUAGUCACAGACGAAGAGUUCCGUACUCUGAUCGCCGAUAUCAAUUCCAUCCUACAAUCUUCAUUUUCGCCAUUGACCUGGCGCGCAUGGGUCGAUUCCAUCCUCGGCGUGCUCACAGGCUAUAUCUACGACGAUCUGGGCCUCACGGGCGCUAAGAGAGGCGAGAGGGAACUGGAAACUUAUAUCGACGAUUGGAAUGGUGCGCAUGAAGUUCAAGGCAGAGAGGUCAAGAUUGUUCAAUUGAGGAGGACGGGAUUCAUGAAUUUGGAUUUCGUGAUUCCUGAUCCUCAACUC